AUGGUGAGACAAGCAAUUGCAGCAGAACAAGUGGUAUCAAUUAAAAGGAGUAGAAGAAUCGUUGGUAGAAGAAGGAGCGAAAUCGUAGAAUCGUCAAGGAUGGGAGAAAGAAACAACAGAGGAAAUAAAGUCCAAAAUCAGAUCCAAAACGAACCAGUGCAGAAUAGAAUUAUCGAUUACGAUAGAGUAAGCGUUCAUACUUCACAAACAUAUUUAACAGAAGAAGAAGAAGAAGGAGAGCAAAGGACUGUAAACGAAGGACUUAUAGAAGGAAAUAAAGAAAACAUGACGAUUGAGGAACUUCGACAGAGACUGGUUGCGGAAAGAAGGAGAGAAGAUGAAGAACGUGCGAAUCUAGCACGCCAGAAUAAUGAGUUAAGAGAAGAGAACCUAAGAUUGCAAGAGCAAAGAUCAAGAAGCGCCACGCACUCCAGGUCAAGGUCUAGUAGAAGAUCUAUUAGACAAGAACCACCCUUGGACAACAUUGUCGAGAAAUUUCAGAUAAAUGAAGAUUUACAGGAUCCACGCUAUUACCGCACACAAGAGGGUAGCAGAGAUAAUAGGCAUGAACAGCAAGGCGAGCGAUAUCGCGUUCGUCAUGAUCAAAAUGAUGGGAAUGAACCAGAACAAAGAAGGGUGAUAUUACAAGAAAGAGAAAUUCUACGGAAUUAUUACGAGCGCGAAAACGAAGCUGAGAGAUACAAUGACGCGCAGACCAACUUGGGGCGCGAAAGGGAAAGACAGAGAAGAGUGGAAGAAGCUGAAGAACAAGAAUUACAAGAGGUUGUGCGUCAGAAUAAUCAUGACAAUCGAGUGAUAAGACGCAAACGUUAUCGCGCACUCCAUAACCAGAAUGCGGAAGUUGAUAGAGAACAGGGAAGAAUUAUACCACAGGGCAGAGAAAUGACAAGAAUUCCACAGGAUUGCACAGAGGAAGAUGAAAGGUAUAAUGACGCACAAAUGCACGCAAGGGAUGAAAGAUAG